UCACAGUCGUGGGUUAGCGUGUGGCGUGUGGCUCUCCCAGGCUCCGUACUCACUACAGACUCACUCGCGCCGCCGGUGACACUCAACGCCGAAGAGAGAAAAAAAAACGCUGAUAUUUGCCGUCUUUGUUGGUAAAUGCGUGGCGACCGCUCUGUACUUCCUAGUUUGUGGUGAAGAAGACAUAAAUGUGAUAUAUUCUACUGGAGCGUUCUCUAAAAAAAAGAUGAAGAAUAUAUGUGUAAUUUUGUGGUAAAAAGGGGCUUUGUCUUCGGUUGCUGGACGUGCUGAGGCCUUUCUGUGCAGACUGGGAAACUGUGUAAUCGACGAAAGAUGAAAACCUGGAAGAAGUCCACAGCCCUCGAGGGAAGAACAAACCCAUAACAGCAAAGCCACAGUAAAAUAGAUUAAAUAAAUAAAGAAACAUUAACAAACCCUCCACCCUAUAGAAAAACAACAACACUAAAACUUGUCAAAAAAAUUGAAAAAAAGCACAAUCCAAUUCACAACGAAGGAUGACGAACGACGGCGAACACAUGAUCGUCAACAGCAAAGAUGGCGACGGCUGCGGCGAGUGCGCGUGCGCGGCCGCCGCCGAAAACAGCUGCUCGACCAAGGCUGAGGUGCCGUCGUCCCUCCCGCUGGUGUCCGACAAGGGCAUGAAACCGCCUGCCAAGAACUGCUUCAGAUUAGUGAUUCUCGGGUCGUCGAGGGUCGGAAAGACUUCGCUCGUGUCCAGAUUCCUAAGCAAUAAAUUCGAGGAAACGUAUACUCCCACCAUCGAGGACUUCCACCGCAAGCUGUACAGGAUUCGAGGUGACGUCUAUCAGCUGGACAUCCUGGACACGUCGGGCAACCAUCCCUUUCCUGCCAUGCGACGUCUCUCCUUCCUCACGGGUGACUUGUUCGUGCUCGUGUUUUCGUGGGACUCUCAGGAAUCGUGGGAGGAGGUGGUUCGUCUCCGGGAGCAGAUCCUCGAGACGAAGAUGUCGGCGUCAGCGAACUGCAGCGGAAGCAGGAAAAAGCGCACGUCCCCGCGGGUUCCUAUGGUGAUCGCCGGCAACAAGUGCGACCGGGAGCAGAUGAGCGCGUCGUUGGAGGAGGUCCACGCCUUCGUCUCGUCCCUCAGCUGCUGCGCCUACGUCGAGACCUCCGCCAAGAAGGACCACAACGUCGACAAACUCUUCUACGAGCUGUUCGUCCUCGCCAAUCUGCCCAUGGAGAUGUCGCCAGCACUGCACAAGCGAGUGUGUCCCGGCCAGCCAUCGCAGGAGACGGGCCCGGGCUUCGGCAGCCGCCACCGGGGCCUGUCCAUCCGGCGGCGCCUGAGCGAGGCCUACGGCAUGGUGGCGCCCAACGUCCGCCGCCCGUCCAUCCGCACCGACCUCCUCAUCCUCAGAGCCAAGACGUCGCUGCACCUCACGGGGAUCGACGCCUUCACGGACAAGAAGCCCCGGCGGGAGGUGUCCUGCGUCAUCCAGUGAGCGAGACGCCGCGUCCGCUUCCGUCGCUAAGGACGUCGCUCCUUCGCCGCGUCCGAUCCGCCGCUCCUUCGCCGCGCGCGCUGCGCCGGGGAUCCUCGCGAGCGGGAAAGGUCCUCUGAAUAUUUACAAGAAC